ACCAGAAGCUUUGGAUCUGACGUAAAGGGAAAAUGUCUAAAACCCUACCGUUCGCCGGUUCGAAUUUUUCAGACAAGGUUUGAACAUAAAUUCUAAUUUCGUUGCUCGACAGCAAUCUCGGACCAAGUGGAAACCGAAAAUGGCGGCGAAUGGGCUAAUGGCGGCAUCUAGUGUGUUUCUCCACCGUCCUGUACAUCCCCAUUUCUCGUUCUCUUCUAGAACGAAUCAAAUGGUUCCACUCGGCUUCAAAGGCCGUGUUAGUUUCAUCGGCAAUGUGAAACGCUGUUUUCCGGUGGUAUUGUCAAUGGGAAAGUCGGAGACUUUCGAGGAAGCUGGAAAUUCCGUUGCGCCUGGUAACGGCAUAUCGAUCAUGGUGAAUGGAUGCAGUGGUAAAAUGGGGAAAGCUGUCAUCAAAGCGGCAGAUUCUGCUGGAGUGAAUAUUGUUCCUACAUCAUUUGGGUCUGUUGAAGAGGCUGGCCAGACUGUUGAGGUCUGUGGAAAGGAGAUUCUUGUGCAUGGUCCUACUGAAAGAGAAAAGGUGCUGUCUUCAGUGUUUGAGAAGUAUCCUGAACUAAUUGUUGUGGACUACACAAUUCCCUCUGCAGUAAAUGAUAAUGCAGAGCUGUAUGGCAAAGUAGGAGUUCCGUUCGUAAUGGGAACAACUGGAGGAGACAGGACAAGAUUGUAUAAAACUGUCGAGGAAUCAAAGAUUUAUGCUGUGAUUUCUCCACAGAUGGGUAAACAGGUUGUUGCGUUUCUUGCAGCAAUGGAGAUCAUGUCUGAGCAGUUUCCUGGUGCAUUUGCUGGUUAUUCCUUAGAGGUGAUGGAGUCUCAUCAAGCUAGCAAAUUGGAUGCAUCUGGUACUGCAAAAGCUGUUAUUUCUUGCUUUCAGAAAUUAGGCGUGUCUUACGACAUGGACCAGAUACAAUUAAUUCGAGAUCCUAAGCAGCAGAUUGAGGUGGUGGGUGUUCCAGAGGAGCAUGUCUCGGGUCAUGCUUUCCAUCUUUAUCACUUGACAUCACCAGAUAAAACUGUGUCCUUUGAGUUCCAGCACAAUGUUUGCGGAAGAUCAAUAUAUGCUGAGGGUACUGUUGAUGCAGUGCUAUUCCUUGCCAAAAAGAUCCGGUCUAAAGCAGAGAAGAGGAUCUAUAACAUGAUUGAUGUCUUGAGAGAGGGAAACAUGCGUUGAACAAACCCCAAGCUGCAGUGGCUAGUAAAGAAGAGUAUAUGAAACUCUAUAUAAAAAAAUGUCAUGCCAAGUUAAAUGUGCUUUGGUUCUUCAUUUCUUUGUAGGGUUUUGUCUUUUUAUGGCUUCUCUGUUUCUCUUUUCGGAUUUGCAAAAUUCCUGAGAAAAUUGUCAUUUCUUUUCGAUUAUAGUCGUCUUUCUUCGGGAUCUUAUCUCAAGAGAAGGAAGCUUUUAGCUUUGAUCGAAAAAACAGAGCCUCACUAUGUUAAACUCAGCUUUUGUUACCUCCACAAUUCCUAAUUCUGUUUUCCAGAUUGCUGAAUAUGCAGAAACCAAUCUUCCAAGUUCUCAGAGUACGAUAUACCUUUUUGUCAAAAUCUGACCUCAAGGGUUUUAGACAUAGUCUCCGAGGAGUGGGAGAGUUUCGACUUUCGAGCAGUGUGCGUAAGCAUCUGAUCCCUGUCUUGGCUUACUUAGAGAGUUAGAGAACCGGUUUCUCUAGGUCAAAAUUAGGAGAG